AUGUGGUCCUUGAAGUUGGCCCUGUUUGCAUUGUUUGCACUUUUUCAAUUUUCCUCGGCAUUCUACGCCUAUUUUCCAGAUUAUGCCUGCGAGUUAUACAAGAACUGCCCGAAGACAACCAAGAGAGAAAUCGAGGGUCGGGAGAGCAAUUUUGUCCUUAAGCUUGUCCAAAAACUUCCAUCUGCCGAUAUACCCAGGGAUGUUCAAAUUCACGGCCUGACAAAUCGACUUAUUCGCAAAUACAACCCCGGAAAGCAAAUUGAUUCUACCAGAGUUGAAGCACGUGGAUCUACUCUUGUGAAGGAUGACGAUACAUCAUCACCAAUUGAAUCUGCAGUGGUUCCCAAACAGACAAACAGCGCGGGGAUUUUGCAGACUGGAACCGAUUUUUCCUAUUUCGCCGAAGUGGAGCUCGGAAGUAACAAUGAUCCUAUAUUGAUGUUGCUCGAUACAGGGGCUGGAUCAAGCUGGGUCAUGGGUCCUGAUUGUACAUCUACUGCGUGCAAAACUCGUGCUUCUUUCGGUGCAGCUAAUUCUACAACCUACAAGGCAGUCGAUAUGGAUUUGAGUAUUGCGUAUGGAUCUGGAGAUGUCACUGGAACAUAUGCUACCGACACGAUCAGCUUUGCUGAUAUGAGUUUUCCUUUUACUUUGGGAAUUGCCAAUCGUACUAGCGAUCAGUUUAACUCGUUCCCGUUCUCCGGCAUCCUAGGAUUAUCCCAACAGACUGGUCCGGUUCCCAACUUUUUACAGACAGUUAGUAGCUCGAAAGCUUUGAAGGCGAAUGUGUUUGGAAUGGACCUAAAUCGUGCCUCGGAUGGUAUCAACACUGGAGAAAUCAAUUUUGGCGCACCGGAUACUUCACGCUAUAGUGGUAGUUUAAGUUAUACCAGUGUCGCCAAGAACGGUCCAAAUCAUUGGGCAGUUCCUCUCGAUAACGUGGGAUUUGGUGAUACUCAAGCUGGUGUUACAGGAAGAUUGGGCUACCUAGAUAGUGGAACAUCUUAUGUCUUUGGGCAACCAUCGGAUGUAAUGGCAUUUCAUGCACUUGUGCCUCAUGCUACUACCACAGACAAUAGUACAUGGACCGUACCUUGCUCUACCACCACCUCUAUGUCAUUUACGUUUUCCGGGGUCACUUACAACGUUUCGUCAGAAGAUUGGGUAGGGCCUUCAGUGAAUGGAGUCUGUACUAGCAAUAUCUAUGGCGUAGCUGUGGUUGAUAAGAACUCUUGGUUGAUUGGGGAUACCCUUUUCAAGAACAUAUAUGCCUUAUUUGACUUUGAUCAAUCCCGUGUUGGUUUGGCGCAAAAAAGUGUUACUACAUCAGCAACAGCAACAGCAACCUCUUCUUCUGGUGGGCUUACCUCUACUCUUACUCCUAUCCCUACUACACAAACUUCCAUGGAUGGCACUGGCACUGGCACUUUAACCGUUAAUCCUACUACUACCCAUUCCCCUGGACCUGGAUCCACAAUAAUCACUCCCGAACCUAUCCUUAACACAAAUUCCCCAGGCUCUACCUUCCAAUCAGGAACAACGCUAACUCCUCUGCUUCCAGAAGCAUCAUCAACAGCUUCCGUUCAAUCUUCUGCAUCUGCAUCUGCUACUUCAAGUCAUACUUCAAUUUUACGUUUCUCGCAAGAAAUUGGCCAGGUAUAG